AUAUAUCGAUUGACGUAUGGGGUUAUGAUCUUGAUCUUCAUCUUCUUUAUACGUUUCUUACCGGACUUUCCUUCCUGUGAUUAUGCAAGCUGCAAAGCUCUCUGCUAAAUUCACUCGACAAUCUUUUUCUUGGCGUCAUGCUUAUAAUCUCUCCAUGGAAACUCCCACCCCAUUUCUUGUUUCACCUUCCGCCACAGAUGUAGGCGUCAGCUCCAUCAGAACCCCUGGCAUACAACGAGAAUUUUAUAAUUGCAGUCAACAAGAUGGAAGAGAUGCAGUCCUUUCGAGAGAAAAUAAGGGGGGAUUGUCCCAGUAUUUAUGCCGUAUUCCGCCAUUUGUGAAGAUUGUUGAAGUUGGUCCAAGAGAUGGACUACAAAAUGAAAAGCACAUUGUACCUACUGCUGUUAAGGUUGAUUUAAUAAAGAUGCUAGUCUCUUCUGGCUUGCCUGUUGUUGAAGCCACGAGUUUUGUUUCUCCAAAAUGGGUACCGCAGUUAGCAGAUGCAAAGGAAGUCAUGGAGGGAAUUCGAAAUGUUGAAGGUGCUCGAUUUCCUGUGUUGACCCCAAAUCUUAAAGGUUUUGAAGCAGCUGUAGCAGCUGGAGCAAAGGAAGUAGCCAUCUUUGCUUCAGCGUCUGAAUCCUUCUCGAAGUCAAAUAUCAAUUGCAGCAUAGAAGAAAGUCUUCAUCGCUACCGCCAAGUUGCUGAUGCGGCAAGAAAGCACUCACUUCCAGUUCGUGGAUAUGUAUCAUGUGUUGUGGGCUGUCCCAUUGAAGGAAUGGUGCCGGCAUCAAAUGUAGCAUACGUUGCUAAGGAGCUUUACAGUAUGGGAUGCUCAGAGAUUUCCCUUGGUGAUACAAUUGGUGUUGGUACUCCAGGAACUGUGAUUCCAAUGCUUGAAUCUGUAGCUAAUGUUGUUCCAACUGAAAAUCUUGCUGUUCAUUUCCAUGAUACUUACGGGCAAGCUCUGUCCAAUAUUUUAGUCUCACUCCAGAUGGGGAUUGGCACGGUGGAUUCUUCGGUUUCGGGUCUUGGGGGUUGUCCAUAUGCCAAGGGUGCUUCUGGAAACGUUGCAACUGAAGAUGUUGUGUAUAUGCUGAAUGGAAUUGGGGCGAAAACCAAUGUAGAUCUUGGAAAGCUCAUGUUGGCUGGAGAUUUCAUCUGCAAGCAGUUGGGGCGUCCUUCAGCUUCAAAAGUAGCAAUUGCAUUGCGGAAAGUUGCCUCCAACACCAAUAAAUGCACAGCCACUGCAUCCAAGUUAUGAGGUACAUUUUACCAAAGCUGCAAAAGAUAUGUAUACUCCACUCUCUCUUCUCUGAUAUGUAUACCUCUUUUGAGCUUCUAAUUUUUAGGUGAAAUGAAAGAAUGGGUUAAGAAUAAAUUAUGAGUAUAUGAAGAAUCGAACGUUCAUUUAGAAAGGAAGUGAAAUAGAAAAGGAGAUGAGCUACAAGAGGGAGACACGUUGAAAAAAAUACAAGACCAAACCUCAAAUGAAUUCCUCGAACCCUCUAAUUGAUAAGAGUAUUAGCUAAUUAUGUUGACACAACUUAUCAUUCAGUUUAGGUGAACAGAACAUUUCUUGUUUAUCUAAUCAUGAGAUGUUUGUGAAGAAAGUUCUUGCUUUGACACAGUGAAUGCAGAAUUCAGCAUUAAAUCGAUGCACGAUGUUAGAUGAAAAAUAGACAUAUGAAGAAAUAAUGGAGUCGGUUUCAGAUGUGGUUCCAUUUGGUCA